GGAAAUUGUAGUGUACACAAUUCAUAACCUCUACUAUGUUUAUUUAAGUAUUUAAUUGUUAAUUUUGCUUUAAUUUUUAGUAUUAUUUUUUGUAAAAUGUUUUAUUUAAAAAUAUCUAGUUUUUUAAGACUUCUCAAGGUGUUAUUAAGAUUACAUUUUAUACGUUUAUUGCACAUACCGUCGAAAAAUGUAUUUCAAAACAAGGAACAAAUUCAGGAAAAGACUGUAUCAAGAAAAAUGUCUUCCACAAGUGCCAGGGGACAGAUUUUAUCUGGAACAGAAAUUGCCAAAGAAAUAAAAGAACAAUUAACCUUAGAUGUGGCCAAUAUUAGACAAAAGUUACCACAAUUUCAGCCAGGUUUGGCUAUUGUACAAGUAGGGGGUAGAGAGGACUCAAAUGUAUAUAUUCGUAUGAAAAUAAAAGCAGCUUCUGAGAUUGGUAUCAAAGCUGAACAUGUCAAGUUACCAAAGUCCACCACAGAAGUUGAACUCUUGAAUAAAUUAAAUAAACUAAAUGCUGAUCCAAAUAUCCAUGGCAUCAUUGUACAGAUGCCAUUAGACAGUGAUAAUAAAAUAGACUCCCACCUUAUAACUGACAGUGUAUGCCCUGAGAAGGAUGUUGACGGUUUAAACACCAUAAACGAAGGACGCACAGCCAUCGGCGACCUUUCAAGUUUUGUUCCGUGCACCCCCAAUGGAGUAAUUGAACUGAUCAAAAGAUCUGGAAUUAAAAUAGCAGGCGCUGAUGCCGUUGUUCUGGGCAGAAGUAAAAUUGUUGGCACACCGGCCUCCGAAUUGUUGAAAUGGCAUCACGCUACCGUCACGGUAUGCCACUCGAAAACCAAAGAUUUAAAACAACAGUGUCUAAAAGCCGAUAUUUUGGUUGUUGGUAUUGGGCAACCUGAACUAGUUAAAGGCGACUGGGUAAAACCUGGAGCAGUUGUUAUCGAUUGCGGAAUUAAUGCCAUACCAGACUCAACCAAAAAAUCUGGCCAACGCUUGGUCGGAGAUGUGGCCUACGAAGAAGCCAAGAAAAACGCUUCCUACAUCACCCCUGUACCUGGUGGUGUGGGACCAAUGACAGUUGCCAUGUUAAUGAAAAAUACCGUACAAAGCGCCCAAUUAUCGGCCGACAAGAUUUUAAACACCAAGUGGAACCUGAGGCAUUUACCUUUGAGAUUGCAAAAUCCCGUGCCCAGCGAUAUUGCCAUUUCCAGGGCACAAGAACCCAAGAACAUCAUGCAAUUGGCCGAAGAAAUUGGAUUGUAUGGUGGAGAGGUUUCCCCUUAUGGUAGCAAGAAGGCUAAGGUGUCCUUGAGUGUUUUGGAAAGGCUUAAGAAUAACAAAAAUGGCAAAUAUGUGGUUGUAACAGCAAUUACUCCAACUCCAUUUGGUGAAGGAAAAAGUACCACUCUUUUGGGUUUGGUGCAAGCUUUAUCCAGUCAAUUGCACAAAAACGUAUUUGCUACUCUAAGGCAGCCUUCUCAAGGUCCCACAUUUGGAAUUAAAGGUGGCGCUGCUGGAGGCGGAUACUCUCAAGUAAUUCCAAUGGAAGACAUGAACCUUCAUUUGACAGGCGAUAUCCACGCCAUAACAGCCGCAAACAAUUUAUUGGCCGCUCAAUUGGACGCCCGUAUCUUCCACGAAGCCACGCAGGCAGAUAAGGCUCUAUUUGACCGUUUGGUACCCGUUAUUAAAGGCGAAAGAAAAUUUUCACCCAUUCAAUUGAGAAGAUUGCUAAGAUUGGGCAUCAACAAGACCGAUCCAAACGCUUUGACUGAAGAGGAGAAAACUAAAUUCGCUAGGCUUAACAUCGACUCCAACAAUGUUACCUGGGAUAGAGUUUUGGAUAUUAACGAUAGAUACCUUCGUGAAAUCACCGUUGGACAAUCACCAACCGAAAAGGGAUUGACAAGGAAAACCGGUUUUACCAUCAGCGUUGCCAGUGAGAUUAUGGCCAUCCUCGCCUUGGCAACCGAUUUGAAGGACUUUAAGCACAGGCUUUCCAAAAUGAUUGUUGCUUUUGAUAAGUCCGGCAACCCUGUAACAGCCGAUGAUUUGGGCAUGACGGGGGCUUUGAUGGUGCUUCUUUUGGAUACUGUACAACCCACGUUGUUGCAAACUUUGGAGGGAUCUCCUGUAUUUGUCCACGCUGGACCUUUCGCUAAUAUUGCGCACGGUUCAAAUUCCAUCAUAGCCGAUAAAAUAGCCAUGAAGUUGGUUGGAGAAAAUGGUUUUGUAGUAACCGAAUGUGGAUUCUCCUCCGAUAUAGGAAUGGAGAAGUUCUUCAACAUCAAAUGCAGAACUUCGGGGGAUGUUCCCAAUGCUGUAGUGCUGGUGGCCACUGUAAGAGCAUUGAAAAUGCAUGGUGGCGGCCCUACAGUAACACAGGGUGCUCCAUUACCAGAAGAAUACACCCAGGAAAACGUGGAGUUGCUCAGAAAAGGACUACCAAAUAUGUUGCAACACAUUAGUAAUGCUACCAAAUAUGGUGUACCAGUAGUAGUGGCCAUAAAUCACAGAGACGGUGACACUGAUGCAGAAGUGCAACUUAUAGCAGAAGAGGCCAUAAAAGCUGGAGCUUUUAACGCAGUAGUUUCAAGACACUGGGCUCAAGGUGGACUUGGGGCUAAGGCCCUUGCUGAAGCUGUGGUAAAGGCUUCCGAGAAACCAAGUAAUUUUAAAUUCCUGUAUGACUUAAAUUUAAGUUUAGAGGAAAAAGCCAACACAAUUGCCAAAGAAAUGUAUGGUGCCGGUAAAGUUACAUUCAACGAAAAAGCUGCUGGUAAAUUGAAAAAAUAUCAAGAACAAGGUUAUGGAAAACUACCAAUUUGUAUGGCCAAAACACAAUCUUCCUUGACAGGAGACCCAAAAAUUAAAGGUGCCCCUAAAGGCUUCACCAUAGAUAUUUUUGAUGUAUCUAUUUCCGCUGGUGCUGAAUUCGUUAUUAUGAUGGCUGGAGAGAUCAACAAAAUGCCUGGAUUACCUACUAGACCAGCAAUUUACGAUAUUGACGUGGAUACAGAAACCGGCGAAAUAAGUGGACUAUUUUAAAUGUUCAUUUAAAAAGUUACGUGUGAUUUUUAUAAAAUAAAAUUUAUAUUUGAGAUA